AUGAAAAACCUGCUCGAAGUAGGGUUCGAUGUUGUGGGCUUUGACAAACACUCAUAUGUUGGUGGUUUGUGGAAUUACAAUGAGCAAAAAGAUGCCAUUUCCGUUCUUCACAGCACCGUUGCAAACGGAUCAAAGCAUCGAGGGUGCUUCACGGAUUUUCCGUUCCCAGAUGAAACACCGGACUUUCCACCAGCAGCAGACAUGCAUCGCUAUCUAGUGUCGUAUGCUAAGCAUUUCGGCAUCUUGCCACGGGCUCAGCUCAACACGGUUGUUCAUCGUGCGGAGUGGAAUCCCGACACAGGUCUCUGGGAGAUUGAAACAUCCACGGCUGGAGAAGCGAAGGUAGUUCGCACUUUUGACAAGGUUGUUUACUCUAUGGGUCCUGAUCAGAUUCCCAAUAUUCCCUCCGUUCCAGGAAUCGAUCUAUUCGGUGGCGAGGCAGUGCACUCUAUUGCUUUCAAGAGACCGGAGGAAUGGACUGGUAAACGAGUACUGGUUGUCGGCUUUGGAAACACUGCUGCGGAUGUGGCGUGCGAACUGGCAGGAACAGCAGAGAAGGUCUACUUGUCUCAUCGAAAUGGCAGCAUUGUGCUCCCCCGAUGGGUCGACAAUAAGCCCGUGGAUCAUAUCCGAACCUAUCGCAAGGGCGUGUUUCUCGAACAACUAUCUCGCUAUGCGCCCGGUAUCUGGACCAAGCUGAUGAACAAGGUAAUCCUUGGCCUCAGAGACAGGCUCUACGACCUCAAGCCCGAAUGGGGAUUCGAUCCAGCACCAUCAGUGAACCAGGCGCGUCCCAUCAUCAGUGAUUACCUGGUCGAUCUCCUUUCCCGCGAGCAGAUCACCUCCAAACCACCUAUUCAACAGAUCGUCAAUGAUCAACGAAUCGAGUUUACGGACGGCACGACUGCUGAUGUCGAUGCCAUUAUUUGGUGCACCGGAUACACGGUCGACUACUCCAUUCUGGGUAAAAGUGACCCUACAAUCUACCAAGACUCCAGACUCCGAAGUGCGAACGGGCGCAAGAUUCCACGACUGUACCAGAAUCUCCUAUCUCUCGAGCAUCCGGAGUCUUUGGCAUUCAUGGGUAAUCUUUCGUUCAUGAACCCGGCGUUCCUCAUGUUCGAUUUAGCUACAAUGGCUCUCGGCCAAGUCUGGUCAGGGCGGUCUCCUCUCCCACCACACGAGGAGAUGAUCAAAGCAGUCGACAAGCAACACCAGUGGAUUGCCGAUCUGGCCACUAAGGGAGCCGUGACGCCAGGCCUUGUCAAGGGCGCGGACUGGCUGGAUUGGGUUGAGGAGACUGCGGGACUUGGAAUGAAGGAAAACCUCGGAUAUGGAAUGCAAGGAUGGUGGUUUUGGCUGUCAAAUCGGUCUCUGUGCAACGUGCUUAUGGAUGGCCUACUUCUGCCUUUCCAUUAUCGGCUGUUUGAGGGAAAGCGCAAGAAGUGGGAUGGGGCCGAGGAAGCUAUCCUCAAGGUUACCGAGGAGUUGCGCCUGAAGAACGAGACCAAGAAGUGGUAA